AUGACACCUCCAACAAUGUUACAAACUGCUCCUGUUGAAAGCUUUAGCUUGAAUCCAAAAUUUACUCAACAAGUUAUUAACUUAAAAUCUGACGCUAAAAACGGUAAGGUUAGUUUUGCUAACUGGGAUGAAUUUAAGUUUGCACCCAUUAGGGAAUCAACAGUUUCACGUGCCAUGACUAGAAGGUACUUUGCUGAUUUAGAUAAGUUUGCUGAAUCUGAUAUUGUUAUUAUUGGUGCCGGCUCUGCAGGGUUAUCUGCUGCUUACACUCUAGGCAAAAACAGACCCGAUUUGAAAAUUGCUAUCAUUGAAGCUUCAGUUUCCCCAGGUGGUGGGUGUUGGUUGGGUGGUCAAUUGUUUUCAGCUAUGGUGCUUAGAAAACCUGCCCAUUUGUUUUUGAAUGAUAUGGGUCUUGAUUAUGAAGAUGAAGGUGACUAUGUUGUUGUUAAACAUGCGGCUUUGUUUAUGUCAACUUUGAUGUCCAAGGUUUUGCAAUUCCCAAACAUCAAGUUAUUCAAUGCCACUGCUGUUGAAGAUUUAAUCACAAGAAAAGACCCAGCUACAAAUUUACAAAGAAUUGCUGGUGUAGUUGUUAAUUGGGCCCAAUUGGAUCACGAUACUCAAUCUUGCAUGGACCCAAACACUAUUAAUUGCAACGUUGUUUUGUCAACCUCUGGUCACGAUGGACCUUUUGGUGCCUUUACUGCCAAAAGAUUAGAACAAUUGGGUAGAGCUCCAAGAGAUGUAACUGCCGGAUUCACCAAGCCAUCUAAUACCACGUCCAAGUUGCAAGAGCCAGAACCGAUUUCCAAUUUCCAAUUGGGGGGUAUGAAAGGUCUUGACAUGAACAAAGCAGAAGAUGCUAUUGUUAAAGGUACAAGAGAAGUUGUUCCUGGUUUAGUCAUUGCUGGUAUGGAAUUGGCUGAAGUUGAUGGGUCCAACAGAAUGGGACCAACUUUUGGAGCCAUGGCUCUUUCAGGUGUCAAGGCAGCCGAAUCUGUAUUGAACGUUCUUGAAUUGAGAAAGCAACAAAAUGAAGCUUGCUAUGGGGCAUACAAAGGUUAG